UUUCCGGGUUAGCGUGUCCAUACCGCUCCCUGGUGUCGGCGGAAUCGGUGCGGCCCCGGAAGCGGCCUCGCCGGCGGGGGCAGGAAGGGGAACCCGGCCCCACAGGAGUUGCAGCGCCCGCGAGGCCUGUAAGUUUGUCCAUGGAGCAGCAUGGCGAGAAGAAGAUAGCAUAAUAAGGUGGUGGAGUUGUGGACAGGAUGGCCUUCCUGGACAACCCAGCAAUUAUAUUGGCUCAUAUUCGGCAGUCACAUGUGACCAGUGAUGACACAGGGAUGUGUGAAAUGGUCCUGAUAGAUCAUGAUGUUGACCUAGAGAAAUUCAAUCCUUCUUCAGUGACUGGAGACAGUGGUUCGGAAAUUCAGGGAAGCAAUGGAGAGACUCAGGGUUAUGUAUAUUCCCAAUCAGUUGAUAUUACCUCAAGCUGGGACUUCGGUAUUAGAAGACGAUCAAAUACAGCUCAGAGACUAGAACGACUACGAAAAGAGAGACAAAAUCAAAUAAAAUGCAAAAACGUUCAGUGGAAAGAGAGAAAUGCUUCUUGUUCAGCAGAAGAGCUAAGCUCGUUGUUUGAAAAAAAGAAUUUCAGAGUAAAGUCUCCACAUUCUGGGAAGCAGUCGUUACUGUCUGUGCGACUUGAACAGUGCCCACUGCAGUUGAACAACCCUUUCAAUGAGUACUCAAAAUUUGAUGGCAAGGGUCAUGUUGGUACAACUGCAACCAAAAAAAUUGAUGUCUACCUCCCAUUGCACACAAGCCAAGACAAACUGCUGCCAAUGACAGUUGUGACGAUAGCAAAUGCCAAGGUGCAUGACCUGAUUGGACUAAUAUGCUGGCAAUACACGAGUGAAGGACGGGAACCCAAACUAAAUGACAAUGUCAAUGCCUACUGUCUCCAUAUUGCUGAGGACGACGGUGAGGUUGACACAGACUUUCCACCCUUGGAUUCCAACGAACCCAUUCAUAAAUUUGGCUUCAGCACUCUGGCAUUGGUUGAAAAGUACUCUUCUCCAGGGCUGGCAGCUAAACAGUCACUCUUUGUUCGAAUAAAUGCUGCUCAUGGAUUCUCACUUAUUCAGGUGGACAGUAUGAAGGUCACCAUGAAGGAUAUCUUACAAAAGGCCUUAAAACGGAGGAAGGGAUCACAGAGGGGUUCAGGUCCUCAGUAUCGUCUGGAGAAGCAGAGUGAACCCAAUGUCCCAGUAGACUUAGACUGUACCUUGGAGAGCCAGAGCACUUUGGAAUUCUGCCUUGUCCGAGAGAACAGUUCAAGAGGAGAAGAGAUCUCAGAGGAAGAUCCUCAGAUCGAUAUAGCUACAGUUCAAGAUAUGCUUAGUAGCCACCAUUACAAGUCCUUCAAAGUCAGCAUGAUCCAUAGGCUUCGGUUCACAACUGAUGUUCAGUUAGGUAUCUCUGGAGACAAGGUAGAGAUAGACCCUGUUACUAAUCAGAAGGCCAGCACUAAGUUUUGGAUUAAGCAGAAACCCAUUUCGAUCGAUUCUGAACUCCUCUGCGCCUGUGACCUUGCGGAAGAAAAAAGCCCAAGUCAUGCAAUAUUUAAACUUACAUAUCUAAGUAAUCAUGACUACAAACACCUCUACUUUGAAUCAGAUGCUGCUACCAUCAAUGAAAUUGUCCUGAAGGUUAACUAUAUUCUAGAAUCCCGAGCAAGUACAGCCAGAGCAGAUUAUUUUGCUCAGAAACAAAGAAAACUGAGCAGGAGAACAAGCUUUAGCUUCCAGAAGGAGAAGAAAUCAGGACAGCAGUAAUGUCUAGCCUAGAGCAAAAAACUGUCCACACAAUUCGAAGAAGGGGAAACUCCCAACAGCCUGAAACAGGUGGGAGCCAGAACUACAGAGCUCUUGCUGCCAACAGCCAGGAGCAGCCAAGGAAGAGAAUCAGGAAUACGCAGUUUCUCAUGAUGAACAGAUGACCCCGCUUUGGUUAGGGGAAGUCUCCCUUAUGACAAAAACAAAGAGCCAUAUCAGCCGGAAGGAGGACUGUGACACUUACGAUUCCUUUGAUUAGAAACGAGGAGGAUGUAGGCUGGCACUGUUUAAGAACUAUAUUGUGUACAAUCACAAGGAAAGAUGUGGUUACAAAUUAUUUCACAGCCUGAUAAAGAUAAAUUCUAUACAUCUGUUCUAUACACACACGCGCACACACAGGUACUGCUUGUGACAUGAUCAAAUUUCUAAAAAUGAAAUGUAUCCGUUUUUACUAUUAAUAAAGGUGUAAUCUUUC